UGAAAAGUUAUACUCCAUCUGACCCAACCAUCGAGAGAUGGUUGACCUACAUUUGGAUGUUUAACUUUGAGCUGGAAAGGAUUCCGGGGGACAAGAACAGGGCAAAUGGGCUGAGCAGUGUCAACUGGGAUGGGGCGACUCAGGAGUCAAUUGAGGAUACCCCACCAGUCGACGGGUUCUUGGAUCAGGAGGAGGAUGUCCGCCUCCACAUAAAUGAAUGGUCGUUGAGGGUGCCUAGCUGCGUCACGCACCCCAUAUUGCUAGCGCCAAGGGGGUACGAACGAAAGGAGGAGUUGGUCCUCAAGCCCUUCCAGGAAGAAGAUCCGUGGGGGAGUAGGGAUGUUGGCUGGAUGAUGAGGUUGGCAUUGGCAGGUGCACAUAGUCUGGCAGAAGAAGUAAGGACGAUAGAGGAAGGCCCAACCCAGGUAGAAGAGCAUGAGCAAUUAAUGGGAGGGAUGCAUUUGAUCACUAAUACGCUCCUGCAGGGAAACUUUAACCAGACGGACUCAUUUGGUCCUGAGGAAAGUGAACUUCUUGUUCCUCAAAGCCAGGACGAUGAGUUCGAAGAGGGAGAGAUCAGGGAGGCCUUCCGCGCAGAAGAGUAUGACGGGAUCUAUCGGGAGUUGGGGUUACUCCUGUCAUGCGAGAUAAGGGAUAGGGACGCAAGUGCUAAAGCCCAGAAGAUGAGGCAUGUCUACGCAGUAAGAGAUGGCCAUCCGUUUAUAAAGCGACAGGUCGGGAACCCCAAGAGGAUCGUAUGUGGGAGGAACCGGCAGAUCGAUGUCAUAGCAGCCCUACACGAUGGUAUAGCAGGGGGGCACAGAGGGGUUAGUGCCACGUGCGCAAAGAUAAGCGAGUUAUACCAUUGGGAUGGAAUGCUGACUAUGGUCAUAAAAUACUGUCAGUCCUGUGUACCUUGCCAGCAGCGGUCAGCGCAAAGGCCUGGGGAGCCUCUGCACCCUAGGUUGGAAAGGGAAGUGGGUGCAGUCGUGCACCUGGACCUGUUGUUUAUGCCACUCGGGGAGGAUGGAAGUAACUAUAUCUUCGACGCACGGGACAACCUUACCGGGUCUGACUUUUCGAAGGCAGUCAUGCAGAGGGGCAGGAGGGACACACGGCCACGGCAGGGGCCCCAGAGGGCAGCAGGAAGGGGCGAGCAACAUGAGCCGCCUAGGAGGGAGCCUACGCCCGAGUUCGACGACGAUAAUAUAGAGCUCUUCCUGGACGUGUAUCGGGAUCAUGCGGCACAGAGAGGGUGGUCAGUGGCGGAAAGGAUUCACCACUUGAGGGGUAUAGGGCGGUUUGAGGAGCCUGUCGCUCAGAUAUGUGAGGAGGCCCUGACUUGGCCAGAUGUGGAGGCCGGGAUGCAAAGACUGAGGGCUUCGCCCAGGGGACGUGACGACAUGCCCAUUCGGUUAGAGGAAGGGAACGCGGAGGAGUUCAUUCCCGCGUAUGAGCACGACAUGGAGCCGCAGGAUCCUGAGAUGGCAGCCGAGCAGCAGGGUCCGGUACGGCCCCAGGUUGAGGAGGUGAUCACAGUUGGAGAUGAUACCCCUCCGUGUAGCCCAGCCCCAGAGCCGGCGCGACCGCUUUGGCCAGGAGGGGUCCCUGAGCCAGAUAGUGAGGAGAUUCCAGAGCUUCCCCCUGAGGCCACCGCUAUGCCUGAGCAAGAGGCAGAGAUGGAGGGUCAGAGAGCGUAUGAGAGAGCGAGGGUGGAGGUACUCCCUGACUUGCCAUCGGCCACGCAUGUGACCGAGAGCCCAGUUAUCGAGGAACCCGCUCCAGCGGAGUUACCGCAGGCAUUGCCAUGCACGAGCGAGAGGAUGGGAACCGAGGCGUCAACUCCUGAGGGCCAGGGGCCGCGGGUGAGAAGAGCCUCAAGAGAAACCCGCGAAGAGAAGUCCGCCAGGGUGCGGGUCCGUCUGGACGAAAUACAUGCGAGGCAGGCUGAAAUGGAGGCGGUAGGGAUAGAGCCGAUGCCGCCGGUCGAUCCCAAGACGAGUGAGCAGCGGAUCGACGAGUUGUGGGGGAGCCAGACGCGACGAGCCGGUGCCGAUGGCCAGGGCCGAGGGAUGCAGGCUUCGCCAAGUCAGGGAGCAGCGGUGGAGGCCCCUCGACAGGCCGGGCCAGUGGGGGAGGUGCCCUUGGACACGGCCGGGGAGGAGGGUGGCGCACAGGAAUCGCUUAUGGCUAUGUCCAUGGAGAGGAGAGGCUCGCGUUUGCAUGAGCUGGCGGCAGCCAUGGGGAUAGGUACUCCACAGGAGAGGCCUCAGAGACUCGACACUCCAGAGUAUGCCCCGAGGUUGGGAGAGCUGAGGACGGAACUGGGCUCCUGGGCCACAGAGACGGACUCAGGAGGACCUGACUCAGGGCGGCAGCAACAGCAGGAGGUCAUGAGUGAGCCCACCGCCAUGGCGGGCUCUCAGCCGUCAGGAUCAUGUGGGGAUGAGAUGGUGGUGGUGACAGAGAGGCCUCAUGAGGAGGAACCCCGAGAGUUGGACACGCCAGACUACAGGCCAGUGAGGACAGCCGUACGAGAGGGUGGGGGUGCUGAGGCUAUGGAGCCCGGACCUCAGGGCCAUAUGGGAGUGCCCUCGUGUCAUGAGGUGACCACCGAGACUAUGGGGACGCCUUCAGCAUCGAGCUCCCAGGGGAGAAAUAAGAAGACUGCCAGGUGGCAUGAUACCUCCUGCUUUUGGUGCAAGAAGGAAAGGCAUAGAGUCGUGGACUGCCCAGAGCUCCUCGAGGAUAAGGCCGAGGGGCGAGUUGCGGAGUUCAACGGCAAGUUCUAUGACAGGCAGGGCAGGAUAGUGGAGCGAGCUCCAGAUGGGGGCAGGGCUUAGUUAUACAGACAGAACCAGGAGGAGUUGUGUGAGUAGGGGUUGGUCUGUCUAUGUGUUAAUAGGGCCAGAGUAUU